AUGACACCGCCGCCGGACUACCCGUUCCAGCGCGUGGUCGCCGAUCUGUUCGAGAUCCGGGGGAACCACUACCUAGUCUACGCAGACCGACUCACUGGCUGGAUCAAGCUUGAUUUCCUCUGCACCACGACGACCAGGCAACUCGUCACGCUGCUCAGACGCUAUUUCCAUGAGAGUGGAGUCCCCGAGGAGCUCUCUGUGGACGGCGGAGCCAGCCUAGUGAGCGCUGAUAUGCGCUCCUUCCUAGCUCGAUGGGGAGUAACCAUUCGUCAGUCGUCCGCUGGUUACCCACAGUCCAACGGCAGGGCGGAGGCGGCGGUGAAAUCAGCCAAGACUAUCCUUCGGGACAACAUGUCAGCGCGUGGUACUGUGGACACGGAUGCGGCUGUGGCAGCGCUUAUCCAGUACCACAACACGCCUCUUCGAGACGGUAACAAGUCGCCGGCCCAGCUCCUGAUGGGUCGUCAGUUGCGAGGAGGCGUGCCCGUGGCCAAGGUACACCUGCAGGUCGCCGAGCACUGGACCGAUUACCUGGCUGAGAGGGAGGAGAGGAUGGCAGAGCGGAUCACGCGCGCGGCUCAGUCAGUCAUGCCGGCGCUCCCUCGUCUCCAGGCCGGCCAAGCAGUCCGUGUACAGGAUGAGAGGACGAGACGUUGGGAACGGACAGGGGUCAUCGUGGCGACUAAACACAGCAUCCGCCAGUACACUGUGAGGCUAGAUGGAUCUGGGCGCCUUGUCCUUCGAAACCGCAAGUCGUUGAAGCCUAUCAACGUCACACUCACGGCUGACGCCAGUGCACGUCCCGCCAAUGUGGAAGAAAUGACGACGCUGCGUCGCUCCGAGCGCCUGAAAGCAGCCAACAUGGACAAGCUUGCUCGUGACAGUGUUGAGCGCUCAGCCAAGCGGCAGCGGAGCAAUAUGGGUGGUCUUAGGGGGGAGAUGUGA